AUGGCGUGCAACCCUCGGAAUGCCUUUCCUGGCACAGUUUACAGUAACGCUGAUCGCGCGGUGGACUUAUAUGGAGACAACAUUGAGGUAGAUUAUAGAGGAUAUGAGGUUACAGUAGAAAACUUCAUUCGACUAUUGACGGAUAGAGUUGGGGAAGAAAUGCCCAGAAGCAAGAGGCUUUUGACGGAUGAUAGAAGUAAUAUCUUGGUUUAUAUGACAGGUCAUGGAGGCAAUGAAUUUUUGAAGUUCCAAGAUGCGGAGGAAAUUAGUGCAUUUGAUUUGGCGGAUGCAUUUGAGCAGAUGUGGGAGAAGAAGAGGUAUCACGAAUUACUUUUCAUGAUCGAUACAUGCCAAGCAAAUACCAUGUACAGCAAAUUCUAUUCUCCAAACAUAAUCGCAACCGGCUCUUCGGAAAUUGAUCAGUCUUCAUACUCCCACCAUGCGGAUAAUGAUGUUGGUGUAGCAGUCAUUGAUCGAUACACAUAUUACAACCUGGACUUCCUCGAAACUCAGGUCCGGGAACCUGGCAGCAAGAAGACAUUGGGAGAUUUGUUUAACAGUUAUGAUGAAGCAAAGAUCCAUUCACAUCCAGGUGUUAGAUGGGAUCUUUUCCCUGGUGGCGAGGAAGGAGGGAGAGAAAGGCUAGUGAUGGAUUUCUUUGGAAAUGUGCAAAAUGUUGAAGUCGACAAGGUAGCAAACGACACGGAAUGGAAAGAGGACCUAUUAUCGCUAGGCAAGAAGAUUGCCGAGUUGCGUGAACGAACCGAAGCGGCCGAAAAUAAUUCUACAGGCCCCGCAACAGUUAUGGAAAGCCACCCGACUCGCAAAAUACGCGCUGCAAAGGUAGAAGUAGAUGAUUCUUGGUGGGGAAAGAAAGCUGUGGGCGCAUGGGCUUUAGCAGGUUGUUCACUCGUUUGGCUCGCAGGAACAUACUUAGAGUCAGCAUAG